UUGUGAACCCGGGAGAGAUGUGCAUGGGGUUCCACCCAUAGAAUAUGAUUUAGGGUGCAAAGUCAUAGCUCUGUCUCCUUUGACGGCUGACGUCUUCUCUCUCUACGCGAGCAGCUGCACAGGCACACUGUCCAUCAGUUAAUAAAUCAAUACAGCUAAAGGGAUACCGUACGACAUCGUCAUUUCUCACAUUUCACUUUUCUAAGCAGAACAUUUUGCUAACCACUGAAGAUUAAUUAUUGUAUUUUAUUUAUUUUAGUUGAAUAUUCACAUCUACGGAAGUUUUUAUUAACAGUGACGAGGACUGCACCGAACGAGAUCGAUUUGCCAAAAAAGACAGAACUCGUAUUAUAACUAUUACUGAAUCUGAUUUACGCAAGCUUUUAUUAACAGUGACGAGGAUUGCACUGAACGUGACCAAUUCGACGAAAUAGACAAUACUCGUAAUAUUACUAUAUCUAUAUCCGGACGCCCAAACCGUCUUCUGGUCGUGAAUUAGUUGUGCCAAACGGUCGCGAUCAUGGCUAACGACAACAGACCGUACGCCGUGUUCAGCCUGGCCAUGACGGCGUACCGCGCCAGUAACGAACCCCAACGGAAAAAGUACGACGGGAUGGAGGUGCCAAACUUGGACUUGCGCGAAUGUUGCGUGUCGCUGUUCGAAAUCGUUGAUCUAAACGCGGAGAGCGGCGAUUUCGACCCGCUUGGCGACAGGACGUCCGUGUUCGCCAAGGUGGUGCAGGCCGACAACGAACGCAUGGAACGGUUCAGCGACAUCUGUGCAGUGGCCGCGUAUUACGGGCACAUCAAUUGCCUGAGGUUCGCCCACGAGUUGGGCUGCCCCUGGGACGUGACGACCUGCAACAAUGCGGCCCACGAGGGACACCUGGAGUGCUUGGUUUACGCGCACGAGAUGGACUGCCCCUGGGACGCGACGACGUGCAUGAACGCGGCCAAAACGGGACACCUGGAGUGCAUCGUAUACGCACGCAGCAACGGGUGUUUAUGGGACGAACAGACGUGCAGCCAGGCGGCGGGCGGCGGACACCUCGAGGUACUGGAGUACGCGCGAGACAACGGGUGUCCAUGGGACGGAACGACUUGCAACGCGGCAGCAGAGCAUGGCCACAUCAGGUGCCUUGCGUACGCCCACAUUAACGAAUGUCCGUGGGACGAAGAGACGUGCAGCUUGGCGGCGGGCAGUGGCUACGUCGGGGUACUCGAGUACAUGUACGACAACGGCUGUCCACGAGACAAAACCGCGUGCUCCAAGGCCGCCCAGUACGGCCGGCUGGAUUGCCUUGCGUACCUGCACAGUACCGAGUGCCCUUGGGACGACGAGACUCCCAGGUCGGCUGCGGCUAGUGGCCACCUGGACUGUUUGGCAUACGCGCGGAACAACGGGUGCGAGUGGACCGCAUCGACUUGCUCCGCGGCGGCGGAGGCAGGCCACAUGGAUUGCCUGAUAUACGCCCACGAACAAGGAUGUUCUUGGGAUGAGGCGACGUGCGCGGCCGCAGCGAACAGUGGCCACAUUGACUGUCUGGCAUACGCACAUAACAAUGGAUGUCCGUGGGACAAGACGACGUGCAGCAUGGCGGCGGGAAGCGGCCAUCUCCGGGCACUCAUGUACGCCCGAGAAAACAACUGUCCGUGGGACGAAUCGGUGUGCGCCGAGGCAGCGAAGGGUGGCCAAAUCGACUGUCUGGUAUACGCACACAAUAAUGGGUGUCCGUGGGACGAGUGGACGUGUACCAAUGCGGCGGGAAGUGGCCAAAUCUGGAUACUGCUGUACGCGCGGCAGAACGGCUGCCCGUGGGAUGAAAUGGCGUGCUCCGAGGCAGCGUUGAACGGCAAGCUGGACUGCCUCGUGUUCCUGAACAUGAACGGGUGCCCUUGGGACUACCGUACUACCGAAUCGGCGGCGGCUGGUGGACAUCUCGAUUGCCUGGAGUAUGCGUGGGACAACGGGUGCGAGUGGGACGAGUCUACGUGCACGAUGGCCGCGAGACGUGGGCACAUGGAUUGCCUGGUAUACGCGUUCGACAACGAAUGCCCGUGGGACGAGCUGACGUUCAGCUAUGCGGCGGCCGGUGGCCACAUCAGGGUACUCGAGUUCUUGCGAGAAAAAGGAUGUCCUUGGGACGAGACAACGUGCUCCGAGGCAGCGAUAUACGGUAGUCUGGAGUGCCUCAUGUACCUGCACAGUAACGGUUGUCCGUGGGACGAAAACACGCCCGCGUCGGCCGCGGCUGGCGGACAUAUGGACUGCCUGAUAUACGCGUGGGAAAACGGGUGCGAGUGGACAGAAACGACGUGCGCGGCCGCGGCGCAGGAGGGCCACCUGGACUGCCUGAUCUACGCGCACAGUAACGGGUGUUUGUGGGACGAGCAGACAUACAGCAUGGCGGCGGGUAACGGCCACCUGAGGAUACUCGAAUACGCGCGAGAAAACGGAUGUCCGUGGGACGAAACGGUGUGCUCCGAGGCCGCGGAGAACGGCAUGCUGGACUGCCUCGUGUUUCUGCACAGAAACGGGUGUCCCUGGGACGUCGAAACGACCAGGUCGGCCGCGUUGAGCGGGCAUCUGGAUUGCCUGGUAUACGCGCACGAGCAGGGGUGCCCGUGGGACUCGUUCACGUGCUCCGACGCGGCGAAGAGCGGCCACAUCGAUUGCCUGCGGUACGCGCACGAGCAGGGAUGUCCCUGGAACGAGGUCACGUGCGCCGACGCCGCGGAAAGUGGCAACCUCGAGUGUCUCAAGUAUGCCCACGAAAAUGGGUGUCCGUGGGACAAUACGACGUACACCAACGCGAUGAGUGCGUCGGAAGAAGGAGACUCCGCGUGUUUGAAUUACUUCCUGCAGAACUCAAGUUUUCUCAUUUGAUUAUUAUAUAUAUUAGGCUCAUUGCUCGAUUUUAUGUUCUUCAACAAGUGGUUCGUGUAUUAUAUGUGUGUGUUUUUUUUUACCAUUUAUAUCGGGUACCUAACGUCAUCAGAACGCACAAUGAGUAUAAUAUUAUAUAUUAUAAUUUGGUGCUACCACAUCUGAGGCAGAAGUGUAAAAAAUGUAUAGUUUUAAAAUAUUUAUUAGAGUAUAAUUUUUUUAUUUUAUAGCAAUGCAGACACCGAGACCCAAAAACAUAGAGUUAAAUUACCAUUUUAUAUUUACAAUUAUGUCGUAAAUUGAGAAGUUUAUAUAAAUAUUUAGACGUGAGAAAUGGAAUAACGUUGCAAAUCAAUAACGAAUGUGACAGGAGCUCGAUUGAAAAAUGUGGGGGCCGCGGGAGUGAACCGCGAUAUUAUUAGACACGGUCCCGGCUGUCUAUGUUAUGUGUAAAUUUUAGUAUUCGUCCCGUAAUUACUUAUUCGUAAAUGCAUGUAUGUCUAGUAACAAUGUAUAAUAAGAAGACUUGGCUAUUAAACCUCUUUGUUUUUAUUACAGUUUAAUAUAGAUAUAUUGAUUUUAUAUAAUAAUAAAGUGUACUGAUUUACAACAGAUUUGCAAAUAACAACAAAAUAAUAAUUAAUAUGCCCGGGUGUACAACAGAUUAUGACUAUACUAGUAUGGGCUGAUGUACAACAGUUUUACAAUUUUAUAAAAUAAUAUAAUAUAGCUUAAUUAUUACAAUAUACAUACUCGGAAUUCAAUAAAAUAUAAUAAUUUUGGUACUCACAGAUGUGGUGUGGAACGGCCAGUGUACUUCCUAUUACAAUAAUUUCACCAACAGUACAAAAUACAUACCUAGUACAUAGGUUAAAUAAUAUUUGAAUAAAACAUUGAAAAAAAAUGACACUGCUCGCUAUAAAGCAGAGCACACUAUU